CCUCAUCGUUGUGCGCAUAUGAAGGAUUAAUAUUCUGAUAAACACCAUAUAAAAUAUUAAUUCAUUUUAAUAACGUUGAGUACAGAAAAGGUCUAAGUCAAUUGACUUGUACCCUUUAUGCAGUCAAUCGGAUCGCAAGGUGGCGCUGCUAGUGAAAUAUCGGUAGUUGUUAUUUUAGUAUUCUGUCAGUUAGAUUAUCUUGUCCAGCCAUGGAGGACGUAAAUAAUUUAAAACGUAAAAAAGGGGUAGUUAACUGCGAUGGAUAUAAAAGGAAUAUCAUUAAAAAGUGCCGAUACCAAACAAAGUGAAAUGAGCGUAAAAACUCCUACCAGGAAAACCACAAUUUAUCCUAUCUUUGAAACCCUUGCCGAGAUGUCCCAGCUAAAACUUCUCACAAAUGCGGAUAUAAUUCAACACUACUUAUUUAUCAGGAAUGAGAAAAAAAGGCAUCGUGGCAGGCAAAGAUCUACAGGCUUUAAAAAUAGCAACAGAAACUGCAAACACCGUAGUGGAUAUAUCUGGAAGAAGUCAGUUCCAACUAAAGAUAAUAUGAUGUCUAUGGUUCCAACAAUUACAUUUAAAAAAGUUACUGAGAUAAUAAAAAAAUUAAAUACUGACUAUAGGACUUUACUUAAACCAUAUAAGGGUAAACAGCAAUCUGAAAGCUACACAAAGAAGCUCAAAGAUUUAAAACUUAGCUGGGAGGAAACUCUCUUUGGUAUUACUAGUUAUAAAUGUAAAGACCUCAACUAUUGCCAUUGUUACAAAGAGAAAAAAAUUCCAGCACAAGAAAGGGAAUUUGUAAUAGAUCAGCGAACUACCACAAACCUAGUCAUAGGAUCAAUUGAUGUAGCAUACUCCAGGAAAAUAGUAAAAAGAAACCAAAUGAAAAUGGAACGAUCCCAAGAACCUGAAAAAGUCUAA